CCAGGAAGACGCAUUGUUGCUGACGUUAGAGGUUGGUCCGUCCGCCGGGCAGGAUGCCAUACGCCAACCAGCCUACCGUGCGAAUCACUGAGCUCACAGACGAGAAUGUCAAGUUCAUCAUCGAGAAUACGGACCUGGCGGUGGCCAAUUCUAUUCGGAGGGUCUUCAUCGCUGAGGUGCCUAUAAUAGCCAUUGACUGGGUGCAAAUCGAUGCCAAUUCCUCAGUCCUUCACGAUGAGUUCAUUGCUCACAGGCUUGGAUUGAUCCCCCUCACAAGUGACGACAUUGUGGACAAGCUACAGUACUCCCGGACCGUUCCUCUCCUCCUCCUGCUGCAGGACUGCACGUGUGAAGAGUUCUGCCCCGAGUGCUCGGUGGAGUUCACCCUCGACGUGCGGUGUAAUGAAGACCAGACUCGUCAUGUCACCUCUCGAGACCUCAUCUCCAACAGCCCCCGGGUCAUUCCGGUGACGUCGCGGAGCCGAGAUAAUGACCCCAAUGAUUACGUGGAGCGAGAUGAUAUCCUCAUCGUCAAGCUGAGAAAGGGGCAGGAGCUGAGACUUCGCGCCUAUGCCAAAAAGGGCUUUGGCAAGGAGCAUGCCAAGUGGAACCCUACGGCGGGGGUGGCUUUUGAGUACGAUCCAGACAAUGCCCUGAGGCACACAGUGUACCCCAAGCCAGAGGAAUGGCCAAAGAGUGAGUACUCAGAGCUGGAUGAAGAUGAGUCACAGGCUCCCUAUGACCCCAACGGCAAGCCAGAGAGGUUUUACUACAACGUGGAGUCCUGUGGCUCUCUGCGCCCUGAAACCAUUGUCCUCUCAGCCCUGUCUGGAUUGAAGAAGAAGUUGAGUGAUUUACAGACGCAGUUAAGCCACGAGAUCCAGAGUGAUGUCCUAACCAUAAACUAGCUGCAGCUCACCUGUUUCAGCAAAAAGGGGAUCCAAGCCAGCAGCUAGAUUUGGAGUCUCUCCUGAGACUCUUCUAGCAUCUGGGAUCUGGACUGUCAUUGCUCAAGCUUCUUGGCAGAGCAUUACUACCAACCAGAAAGGUAGCAACAGGGAAAGGUGGGCCUUUUCCAGACUUUCUUGGUCUCAGAUAGAUUACCAGAGAUGCCACUGGUAUUUGAGGAAGAACAGUUUUUCAGGAGACAUUAAGCACCCCUGGUCCCUGUCUGCUAAAUGCCAGUAGUGCUCCCCAGAAACCAAAACAUCCCUUCCAGCCUGUUUCCUCGUGUGCCUGUGAGGGCCAUCCUGCUUCCCUGUGGAGAACCACAGAGCUGGACACUCUUCCUCUCCUGGUCAUCCCAGCUCUUCAAACCCUGUCCAAAAGAAAGAGUUUCACAGCUGUACCAUAGGUUUCUGUGUUAGGACUGAGUGCUGGAACCCUCAUUCAGGCUGCCUACAAAGCCUUCCAGUCCCUUGCCCAGGGCCAGCCUCAAAUCCCCAGGUGUCCCCAAUUAGAGAGGCCAUCCUUUGGAAUAGUGUUAGACCUGGCUGUCCCCUCCCCCCACAAAAUAAACACGGCCUUUCAUUGUCUACCCAUCAGUUAUGAAUGCCUUCACCACCAAGGUCCUGAUUAUUUAGUUUGGGGAGGGGUAAAGUUCUCUGCCCCAUAUUUCAUUUCUUUUAAUGACGAUGUCUGGCCCUGACCCCUUAGCACGGCCUCCAGGUAGGAACAUACUUCCCCAAGCAGUUAAUUAGGCUGCCUGGCAGGGGAAGCCUGCAGAAAGCCCGAGUUUCAGUACAGAAAGGAAGGGAUAUUGAUUAACAGUUAAUUGUCUUUUUAAAAGUUUUUAUUUUUGGCAAUAAAGAGCACAACAUAAUCUCCUUCAUGCGUCAUCGUGCCACCAGCUGAGCCAGCCAGCUCUGCCUCCCUCCCCACAGCCUUUGGGCCGAUUCGUGUCCCUCCUCAGGCCAGCUUAUUCCUCUGGGCGGUCGUUCUCUGGGUCAGGUUCAGAGCCGAGCUGGCUGUGGCCACCAACCUGGCUCCAGGGCUCUGUGGGGAGGGGGCCUCUUACUUUAUCAUCCUGCCACAACUCAAACAGUGGUUAUUUACAAGAAAGUCUACUCCCACAAAUCAAAACCCUAAAGUAUUUAAAAAAAAAAAAAAAA